AUGACAGAGAGGAAAGAAGACGCUCGCAGCCGUGAGCGUCAGUGCCAGAAAAAGCUGCAAGAAGCGAUAUCAGACUCUUCGGCGGAGGCCCUAUGGCACAUGUAUUCCAGCGCGCAAGCCUCGCUUCCCUACCGCGACCGCAUGGUCAACCUGACAUGGCGCAUGCUUGGGGCACGCAUGAGGAAGAACGUCCCAGUCGCCAGACAAGACCAGGAUCAGCUGUACCCGGAGCAGGUCAAGUAUUUAAGCCAGAGCGAUAAAUCGAGCCCUAUGGUGCCCGAAGAAAUUGAUUACAUGGCAGAGUUGCGGGAAAUAAGAGGCCAGAGUCUCUCCACAGCUGCUUCGUCGACACUCAACAUGCAGGCCACUGAUGGACUAGCUGAGGGCAGAGCGUCAUCUUCUUCGGCAAGUGCGCCAGUCAAAACAGAACCCCUUGAAUCCAAACUCAGCAUAAGCGACCAGAUCGUUAGCGGGAUGGGGCGAGGUCCGACCUCGGGCCCGACGCCGUCUAACUCCAUGAAGCCAUUCUCUCAGCGGGAUAUGGAACCAUCGGCUCUUGGCUUCGACGACAAUGUUCAUUUCGGUUCAUUCUCGAACAUCAGCCAGCAUGUUGGCUUUAUGGCCGAUGUCGACGUUGACAGCUUUAACAUACUAGAUGGCCGCGAAUCGGCGUCGGGUCGCGAAUUGAGUCACGAGGAGGAUGAGGACAUGGGAAUGCGCGCAGCGACGUACUCUUCGCCGGCACUAAUAAGCGACAGUGGGGUAUCAUCCGCCGACAAUCCAUCUUAUGGUCAGCAGUCUAUGUCAAAUUCCACGCUUCUCAACAAUAUGGACCAGGCCAGUGCUCUUUCGACGGUGCCGAACUCGGUUACCAUUGGCGGCCUGAACUCCAGUAUCCUGGGAGGUCAGACAUUCUUUGACGACCACGACUUCUUGCAUCCAGUGAAUGAAGGGAACCAAGAUAACGAAAAUAUAUUCCCACCACUGCACGCCACAAAUUCACAGAUUUCACUUCCUGAUCUUUAUGAUAGAACAUCCAACAUUACCCCAAUAUCUAUUAGACGGCCUAGCAGUGCCUGGCAAGCCCUGCCCAAUGGUCUAGGUGCAUCCGCCCCUGGCACAUCUGCCAUAGCGCCUAGCUCUCUUCCAAACCCACAGGUUUCUCGCCGCCCAGUUAGCGUCAAUUCGGUUCGCAAGAAGCAAAUCAAAAGCUCUAAUUCGAGAAGAGGAAGUUUGAGCUUCACGUCUAUAAAUGGCGGCUCAAUUCCAACGGGUUUUGUCGGCCAGCAAGAAAAGGGAUCAAACGAUGCGGCCCGGAAGCCAACAACCAAUGAAGGAACCUCUGGGGCAAGCGCGUCAGGUGGGAAAACAGAUACCAAGUGCACAAAUUGCCACACAAAAACAACCCCAUUGUGGAGGAGAGACCCCCAAGGAAAUCCUCUCUGCAACGCAUGUGGUCUUUUCCUGAAGCUGCACGGCGUUGUGCGGCCUUUGUCGCUGAAAACUGACGUGAUUAAGAAGCGCCAGCGUUCAUCAAACAAGGCUACUGCUGCAAAUUCCUCCGCUGUUGUGGGGCAAGAUAAUUCACCUUCGAAAGAUGCAGUGCAGAAUUCGAAGAGUAAGCGUCCGCUAAGCAGAAAAAAGACGUCUUCAGUUAAUAUUCUGGGCGAGGCAAGGCCAAGUCUACCAAGAUCUCAGUCAUCCUUUUCGAGAAGGAAAUCAAAGGCUAGUUUCAAUACCCGGGACGCAGAGAAUGCCAGUAGUGAGAGCGGGUCAGGUACCCCUACUCCAGUACAAGCGUCGGGAGCAGACACCCAAACAAUGAGCAACACUGCCUCUGAGAUGGACAUCGACCAGCAUUCUACAGCAAACGUAGAUGAAGGCACAAAGCACAAUGAAUCCAGUUUUGACCUCAUUCUUGAACAAUGGUCUCAGCCCACGAACUCAGAAAAUAACUCCGGACGCACUCAUCCUCAGCAAGGAUCACAACCUCAGUCAAAGCAGCCUGAGGGCCAGUCAGCCUUCUACUUUUCAUCGUCACAUGGGAGAGAAGGGAGGAGAAAACCAGAGCCUGCAAGCGGGCUUAGUGGACCUCAAAACCCAGCCGAUAAAAAGAACGCAGGAGAGAAUGCUAACUGGGACUGGCUCACUUUGAGCUUGUAA